AUGGCUUCUCCGACUCGGCCACCAUUAGCACCUCCUACAGCGAGCUCCUCACCAUCGUUGCCAAGCGCGAUAACACCCUCUGCAGACCAGAUUGUAGUUCUAUAUGUCAUCAUCGCAAUGGCAGUCAUCAUCUUUGGAUUUUGGAAUGUCCCUGGAAUCAGGCAUCUCAUUAACCCGUUGAAGUUAUUCACCAUUGGAGCUCAUGAACUAUUUCACAUAAUAGCGGCAAUACUAUCGGGGGGUCGGAUAUUGCGAAUAACAAUCGAUCCACAUGUGGGAGGCGCAACGAUAGUAGAAGGCGGCAAGCCGACGUUUAUCCUAUCCUCGGGUUACAUCGGGUCAUCUAUUCUUGGAGGGCUAUUUGUCCUUGCUGGUUGGGAUACCUUAGUGGCGAAGGUCAUGAGCUUUGUGCUAGCAGUUGGGUUAAUUCUGCCUUUGAAGCUGGUGCGGGAUAAAUUAACGAUACUACUGACGAUAAUAUACGAAGGUCUCCUCAUUGGUUUCUGGUUCAUCGACCACGCCGGCGCGUUACGGUGGUACUGCCUGUUCAUCGGGGUAAUGAAUGUUCUUUUUGUAGUGUGGGAUGUAGCAGAUGACCGGUUCUUCCACAAAACAAAUGAUUCGGAUUGCACACAGUUUGCAAUUCUUUAUCCAAGUAUAGGUGCUCAUGUAUGGGCCACCAUCUGGAUCGCGUUUCAGUUGGGGGUGUUGGCUGCUUUUGCAGUGCUGGGUAUAAUGGUUUUCAAGGUACCGAGUGCGGAUUCAAUAUCGAGUUCCAACGAUACAACUUAG